CCCAUGAACUCUUCAAAUCGUGGACAGCAAUUGUAGCUAAGAACUAUCCAUCUAUAUAAACCAAAAAUCAUUGCUCAACAAAUUCGUACAAACUCAAAUCAUUCUUCAAACUCUCUCAAGUGUUGAUCGAUCUUUUUUUCCUUACUGUUGGAAUUUUUGUCAACUCCGACAAUGAAUCAUAGUGCUAUGGCAAAAGUCUCCGGCCUGCUUCUUAGGAAGGUCAGCCCGCAGGCCUCGAGAUUCUCGAGGCCAGCGUAUAUGGGGUGGAUGACAGUCCACCCCAUGCCGGCUCGGGAGCAGAGUACUCUAGCAUCGGGGGAUGCAAAAGAGGAGAAGCCGAUUCAAGUGCCGAAGACGGGCUCGGAAAAGGGGGAGCAAAAGGCAAUUGUGAGCUACUGGGGCGUGCCUCCGGCUAAUCUGACCAAAGAGGAUGGUUCGCCCUGGAAGUGGCACUGCUUUAGGCCAUGGGAGACCUACAAGGCAGACAUCUCCAUCGAUGUGGAAAAGCAUCACAAACCAGUGAAGUUCAUGGACAAAUUCGCCUAUUGGACUGUCCAAGCUCUCAAGAUCCCUACUCACAUGUUCUUUCAGAGAAAGCACAUGUGCCAUGCCAUGCUGCUAGAGACGGUGGCAGCGGUGCCAGGCAUGGUCGGGGGAAUGCUGUUGCACUGCCAGUCCCUGAGGCGGUUCGAGCAGAGCGGAGGUUGGAUCAAAGCCCUACUGGAAGAAGCCGAGAACGAGCGAAUGCACCUCAUGACCUUCAUCGAGCUGGCCAAGCCCCAGUGGUACGAGCGCGCCCUCGUCUUCGCCGUCCAGGGUGUAUUCUUCAACGCAUACUUCCUAACAUACUUGGCCUCCCCCAAGGUCGCCCACCGCAUCACCGGCUACCUGGAGGAGGAGGCCGUCCGCUCCUACACCGAAUUCCUCAAGGACUUGGACAAUGGCAGCUUUGAGAACGUGCCGGCCCCGGCCAUUGCCAUUGACUACUGGCGUCUGCCGGCGGAAUCAACUCUCCGGGACGUUGUGGAGGUGAUCAGGGCUGAUGAGGCGCAUCACCGGGACGUUAACCACUAUGCAUCGGAUAUACAAUGUCAAGGGCACCAGUUCAAGGAUGUUCCUGCACCUCUUGGAUAUCAUUAGUGGAUGUUCCUGAUUUCAUAAAGUGGAUUAUUAGAUUAAAGGUUUUAGAUUUCGUGGUUUUUUAUUUCCAUUUCCACAAUUCAUGUGGAGGUAUUCCACAUAAAUUUUUUUUAUCUCGUGUGUAUGUAAUUGCUUCAUGAUUUAAUUUAGGUAAAAUAUUUUAAUCUUUAUAUUA